ACAAGUAGCAGCGGUAUGCCUGGAUCAGCUGCAGCUCUCCGACAAGAGAGACUGAAGAAGACCCAUGCAAGGACAAUUCCCCUUGGUCUAUUCACCAUUAAUGAGGAAGAUGAGCUGCAAAAGAAUGGAAAUUCCAGAAGACCCAAAGCAUCUGAUGGCUGUAAAGUACAAGAGAAGAAAACUGCCCCCAACCGCCCCACUUCUACAGUUUCAGGACAAAAUAGCAACCACUCAGGAAAUAAGCCAGAUCCCCCGCCUGUGCUACGCGUUGAUGACCGGCAGCGUCUGGCCAGGGAACGCCGUGAGGAACGGGAAAAGCAGCUAGCUGCCCGAGAAAUCGUCUGGCUGGAAAGAGAAGAGCGAGCCCGGCAGCACUAUGAAAGGCACCUGGAAGCGCGGAAGAAGAAACUGGAGGACCAGCGGCUGAAGGAAGAGCGGAGGAGGGCUGCGGUGGAGGAGAAGCGAAGACAGAGGCUGGAGGAGGACAAGGAGCGCCAUGAAGCUGUCGUUCGGAGGACGAUGGAAAGAAGCCAGAAGCCAAAGCAGAGAUAUAACCGGUGGUCGUGGGGAGGUCCUCUCCACGGGAGCCCUAGAGUCCACAGUGCAGAUCCAGACAGGAGGUCAGUUUCCACCAUGAACCUCUCGAGACAUGCUGAUCCUGUCAUUAGCAAGCGGCUCUCAUCCUCAUCUGCAACUUUGCUAAAUUCUCCAGACAGAGCUCGCCGCCUGCAGCUCAGCCCCUGGGAGAGCAGCGUUGUUAGCAGACUCCUGACGCCCACACAUUCGUUCCUGGCCAGAAGUAAAAGCACGGCCGCCUUGUCUGGAGACACAGCAUCUUGCAGCCCCAUCAUCAUGCCCUUCAAAGCUGCACACUCUAGAAACGCAGUGGAGCGACCAAAACUCUUUGUAACACCGCCUGAGGGCCCUGCACGGAGGAGGACCAUUCACGGAGCAGCGAGCCAUAAAAGAGAGCGAGAAAGAGAAGGCAUUCCUUUCCAUGUUUCCUCUGGUGUCCGAAGGACUCUGUCUCCAUCAAAUCCCAAAGCGAGAUCAUCAGCUCCAGCCCGUCUUUGGCUCCCAUCCAAGUCCAUGCCUCAUUUGCCCGGCACACCACGACCAGCAUCCAACUUGCCUCCUGGCUCAGCCAAAGCUGCUUCCACUCAGGCCCAUCCGUCAUCCCCUGGCAACAUCCGCCCUAUCAAGAAAGAAGUCAAAGUGGAGCCUGAGAAAAAAGACCCUGAGAAGAAAGUUGCCAGUGAGCCCUCAGUGAAGGGCAGAGCACCCCUAGUGAAGGUAGAAGAGGCCACAGUGGAAGAGGGGACACCCGUAGAGCCAACUGACCCUGCUGUUCCAGCCCCAGCCCCCGUUCCAACCCGGGCCCCUGCUCCAGCUACGGACCCAGCCCCAGUCCCAGCACCAUCAUCCCCUGUGGCUGUUCCUAAGACCUCUGCAGGCACCACUGACCCAGAAGAGGCCACGAGGCUGCUGGCUGAGAAGAGGAGGCUUGCCAGAGAGCAGCGGGAGAAGGAGGAAAGGGAAAGGAGGGAGAAGGAAGAGCUGGAAAGACAAAAGAGAGAGGAACUGGCUCGAAGGGUGGCUGAAGAGCGAAGCCGCCGGGAAGAAGAGGCCCGCAGGCUGGAAGCGGAGCUAGCACGAGAGAAAGAGGCGCUGGCGCUGCGCCUGGCUGAGGAGGAGCGGGAGCGGUCAGAGAGGGAAGAGGUGGACCGCCUGCAGAAGCAGAAAGAAGAAGAAGCCCGCGCCAGGGAGGAAGCGGAGAGGGCCCGGCAGGAACGAGAGAAGCAUUUCCAGAGAGAAGAGCAGGAGCGCCUGGAGAGGAAGAAGCGACUUGAAGAGAUUAUGAGAAGAACCAGGAGAACAGACACAGCGGAUAAGAAAACCACCGAACAAAGAAAUGGUGACAUAGCCAAAGGAGUUCUUCCUGGAGAAACAGAGGUGUCUGCGCUACCAGGUAUGAGCUCUCCAGGAAAUAGAGACUCUGCCGACAGCCCACGUGGAGUCGCUUUACAACAAUCAAAAGUGGCCACAGAGAGCUCUCCGAUUUUGGAAAAACAGCCAAAUGAAAAUGGAAUGUCUGUACAAAAUGAAAAUUUUGAAGAAAUUAUAAACUUACCUGUUGGAUCAAAAGCACCCAGAUUAGAUAUCACCAACAACGAGAGCCCAGAAAUUCCUUUGAAACCAAUUUUGGCCUUUAGUGAUGAAGGGACGCUUGGAUCCCUACCUCAGGUAGACGGUGUGCAAACACAACAGACUGCAGAAGUUAUAUGAGCAUUUCCUCUGAAGAACCAAAGCAGGCAUUUUCUACAACUAAUGGAAUUUCAGGCUCCAAAGGAGCAACUCCCUCCAGUUUUCUAAAGAGUUCUUGACCAUCAUUUUGAAAGACUUAUUAAAGCCAGCUAAAGACAACAGGCUGGGUAGCUUUUCUAAUCAUUUUCGCCAAUAGAAAGAAAUGCUCCUCAAUCUUGAUGCCCUGAGAUGACUUUUUCCAGAGUGCUCGCUCCUUCUUAGUAAAUCAAUAUUUUUCUGCAUUCUUUAAAAAAAAAAAAAGAAAAAGAACAUUUGAAAGAGCAUAUAAAAAGAAAUGGAUGGACAAGGCAUGAUUUUUCACAUGGAUCUUUUCAUUUUUAAACUUUAACAUAUAUAAAAUUGGCAAAAUAAAAUACCUUUUACAAGGUAAUACUUGAAAAUGAGUACCUCUUUGCUCUCCAAGUAGAGUGAUUUGGGGGGAAGGGGUUGUGUAAACAAACCUGUCUAUUUCAAUGUUACUACAAAAGCUGUUUGUAGAGGCAGAAGGUGGCCCAGGUCACCAGCUCUGGUAAACACAGCCUGUCAUGGGUAUCCCGCAGAGCCACAGUCUCCCUGAGACCCCUUUUACAGAACUGUACUGACAAGUGUGAAAGCAUCUUUUCAGAGCAAGGAAAUAGUCUACCGUCCUCUUCAGUGGUGUGUUGAUAAUAAGCGUUUUCUCAGCUAGGUGAAUUAGAGCAACGUGGCAGCGCCGCGGGUGCCGUGAGCACGCGGGGCUGGCUCUGACGUCUGUAUGUUGCUGCUGUCCCCGGUGACGGUGGGACCUAAUCUCUCUCUGCCUUACGUGAUCACAAAUGAUGUAGGGGAAACAAAUAUUUCUUUAGAUCAAAAAAGAAUUUGGUUCUGCUCGUUUCAGAGCAAUGAAAAAAAAGGAUGGAAUGUCCACUGUGCCGGGGGACAAAGGCCUUCGAGGAUGUCCUCAGUCUGUGUAGCAUCCACCGUCAUUCGUCACUCUUGCUGCUGAGCCCAGCUGUACAAACCUGCACUUUCAUUUGCUAAUAUGUAUAUUCAAAUUUAUUUUUCCCACUUAAAAGACAAGUAAUGAGAAAUGGAGAAGAAAAUGCGAGGGAAACGGUUUUCUGUGGAGUGUUAAUUGGAUAUAAAUUCUUACCACUGAUUUAUCAGUUUUAUACAAAGAGCAAUUGGUUAAUCUACAAGAUUUAAUGAGAGACUUUUCAUCUAUUGGAUUAUUUCUUUUAAAUCCAAGCAUAUAAUCUUUACCAACAGUUUGUAAAUCGUUAAAACAUUAAUUUGUGGGGGUUCCCUAUUGUUUGGUUGUCCAUGUACAUCUAGAUAUUGUAUUAAAAAAUUCUGUUCAACAAA